AUGAGAUUCCUCGUCGUCGCUGCGCUCGUUUUCGCCAUCGCUUCCGCCACUUAUGUUCCGCCAUCAAAAAGAAUUCUCAGGGAGGCCGAACUGCUGACCGGUCUCGAUCUGAUCGAAUACGUCAACAAAGCUCAAAAUUUGUUCACGGCUGAGUUGUCCCCCCGUUUCGCACAGUAUCCAGAAGAGGUCAAGAAACGUCUCAUGGGAGUGAAGCACGUCGCUAUUCCUGAAGUACUCCGAGGGAAUGAGAAGACCCACGACGAUAUCGCUGACGCUUCGAUUCCUGAUUCCUUCGAUGCCCGAACAAACUGGCCUCAGUGCCCAUCAAUCAGCUCGAUCCGCGACCAGUCUUCAUGCGGAUCCUGCUGGGCAUUUGGAGCAGCUGAAGCGAUGACUGAUCGCAUCUGUAUUGCAUCAAAUGGUAAGGAACAAUUCACCAUUUCGGCUGAUGACAUCCUCUCGUGCUGCGGACUUAUCUGCGGAAAUGGAUGUGAGGGAGGCUACCCACUCGAGGCAUGGAAAUUCUGGGUGAAACACGGUGUUGUCACAGGAGGCAACUACACCUCAAAGGCUGGUUGCAAACCCUAUCCAUUCCCACCUUGCGAGCACCACAACAAUGCUACUCACUACAAGCCUUGCCCGUCAGAUCUCGAACCCACGAACAAGUGCGAGAAAAGCUGCCAAGCCGGCUAUUCAACCAGCUACACCAACGACAAGCACUUCGGAGCGACAGCAUACGCCGUGUCGAAGAAGGUGACUGAUAUUCAGAAGGAAAUCAUGACCAAUGGACCCGUUGAGGUCUCCUUCAACGUCUAUGAAGACUUCGAACAUUACACCGGCGGCAUUUACGUGGCUAAAGAACGCAGCAACAGGUUAAUAAGGGUUCAUUUCUCAGCUAAUUUAUCUCUUCCUCAAGCACACCUGCCUGGCUCCCUUCUUGGAGGACAUGCAGUAAAAAUGAUCGGAUGGGGAACGGAGAACGGUACUCCCUACUGGAUCUGCUCUAACUCUUGGAACUCUGAUUGGGGAGAGAAGGGAUUCUUCCGAAUCGUCCGCGGUCUUGACGAAUGCGGAAUCGAAUCAGGAGUCGUUGGCGGAGAGCCCAAGCUCUAA